UUAAACCAGAAGUAAAGCCUGAAAGAAAAAGGAGAGAGAAAACUUCGGAACUAGCACAGCUUUACGCUGACAUGGACACCAAUGGUGACACACCCACAACAUCCUCAUCACGAUCACUAAGAU